UUCCGGAAAUUCAAAAAUUAACAGAAAAGAUGAAAACACACCACAAAAUCAUAAUUUUCUGAUCCUAUAUGAUUUCAUUGUGAUAAGAUUGACGUGAAAUUUUUAAAUUAAUGUAUAGUGUCUCUAAAUAAACCUAGCUUUUACUGUUGUUAUUCCCAUUUCGGUGUGAAAGGCUUGCCCAAACAAGUUUUUUUGUUGGUCAUGGAUGACCGAGCAGCUGGGCCUGGGGCUGCGGCUGGGGACAGCUCGGCAGAAAACGGUGAAGUUUCUUCGAAUGGACGUGGGUUAUCAAGAAUGAACGGCAUCAGCAGCCUCCCAGUUAGUCCCAGUAAAUCAGCCAUGUCCAAGCUGCGGUCAAAUGAUUUUGCUCUGAAAAUAAGGGACCUCGAAGAGCAGGGAAACCAGUUGAUGGCAAUGUGCCAAGAUGUUAAUCGAGGAGAUUUUGGGCUGUCAAGAGUCAUUGGGGAACCAGACCCUCAAGAGUCGGCAUUAUCCAAGCCACCAGUGAGAACCGCUUCACUGUCUUCGUUGACUGAUAUCACAAAUGAACAAAGAACAUUUUCAGACUUGAGAAAACAGCUUGACUGCCAGUUACAAGAGACUGGCCGCGUUCAGAAGGAGCUGAUGACUGAAGGAGGGCAAGAUUUCGAUGAGAACAAGUCGUUAGAUCCUGAUCUUGCAGCAAUUAUUGGAAAACCAGUUGACUUUAUGACACAGUGGAAACUAGAAAAGGAACUGAAAGAAUCAAAAGAGGAGACCAAGACUAUCAGGAAGAGACUGAAAGAAAUUACAGAAAUUAACGACCAGCAGAGGAAACAAUUUCGCUCCAGUAUUGAGGAGUUGAAGACCAAGCUUCAAGAAACCAUUGAUAGUCGCGAUUCGAUUCUUGAGCUGAGACAAAGGGAGGCAGUGGGCCAAGAAUCUCUCAUCAGUAAAUUGCAGAUGACAGUUCAGCAGCUCCAGGAGGCCAAUCGAGUACAAGAUCAGAAAAUUGCUGAUGCCACAGCGAACAUGACCAUGCAGCAACAAUCAAAUUACGUCAUGGAGACGUCCAUCAAACAAAUCAAGAAACUGCUUGGGGAUGUGGAGAAGAAACGUGGCCGUGUCUUCUUUGAAUCGGAGCCCAUCGAGAACCAAUCGUCAACCAUGCUGGUGCACACUGUUGAGAGAUGUCUCGAAGAUCUUGAGGCCCAUGCCGAAAUGAGGCAAAACAAAGUGACGCAGUUGCAGACAGAGCUGGACACUCUGCAGAAGGUUCUCAGUGACGAGAGACAGGCUCUAUUGAAGGAACAUCAGGAGAAGGUCCUUGUUAUUUCGGAAGAGCAUGAGAAGCAACUGAGUGCUGCAGCGGAGAGGUCCAUGAAUGCCAGGAAACAGGCUGCAAGCUUACAGGAGCAGUUAGAUCUCUUGCAGGAGCAGAAAAACCAGGAGAUGAGAUUGAAGAGUGACCAGAUUGUAGAACUUGAGACCAAACUCAAGAUGACUCAGGACCACUGGGAGCUGGAUAAGAACCUGGGGGCUGAUAGGCGGCAGGCAUUUGAACGCAGUCUAGAUGAUGCCCAGAGAGAUCUCACCUCAGUUCAUGGCCAGAAAGAUGAGCUGCAGAAGGAGAAGGCCGAAUUGCAAGGAAAAAUAUUAGACAUGGAGCUUGCAGUGGAAAAGUUAAACCUGGAACUGGAAUCCGAGAAGGAUCAGACGAAGCGAUUGUUCAUCCGAGAAGAUGAGACAAAGGCGAGGAUCUCCACCCUUGAGCAGACGUUAGAAUCAAAGAGCAUUGAGUUGUGUCGUCUUGAGGCACAGCUACAAGCAACCAAGCAAGAGAGUAACUUGAGUCUACAGGUUAAGAUAGCAAAUGUUGAAAAGACAGAGCAAGUAAAAGCGACAGAGAAGGCUCAGCAGCUCCUUCAGGAAAUCUCUGUGGUAACAGAACGAUACAAUAAGUGUAACCUUGAACUCGAGCUGACCAAGAACGAAUUACAAAACUUCAAGACAAAGGUUGGGGAGUUUACGGACAAACUUGAUGAGGCGCGGCUACAGUUAGAAACUGUCGUAGCGGACAAGGAGAAUCUCAAGGGAUUGUUGAACGAUCGGGUCGGUGACUGCGAGCGUUUGACCAAGGAGAGGGAUUACUAUUUCGGCCUCUUGGAUGAGAGGAAUUCCGAGUUGGCGCAGUUGAAGGAGGACCGUACAAAGAUAAGUCUGCAGUUGAUGGAGAAGGAACGAUCAUUGGAUAAUUUGCAGCAGCAGUCUGAUAGCAUGACGCACAUGGUUCAGGUGAACACCAAACACCAGGACACAUUGAAAGCAGAACGAGAAAAACUUGAAAAGUUGAUCCAAGAAACUACUGCUGAACUCAAAGACGUCAAAAUCAACCAUGAAAAUGUGUCUCGCAAGCUCAAAAUGAAAGAGAAACGCCUGAAGGAAAUGGAAACAGAGAAAUUGCAAAUGGCUGAAGAACUGCGCUCGAACGUCUGCCUGGUUGAAAAGCUGAAGCAGGAGAAGGAUACAUUGUUUACGGAGUUGAAGGAGAGUCGUUACGAGGUGGCAUACCUGACUGAUGAGCGCGAUACGCUGAGAAAAACUAUUGAGGGAAAGACUGGGGAUAAGGAGAAACAGAUUCAGCGGCUGUUGGCUAAAGUUAGGACGAUGGAGCACAGUCUUCAGCUGGCCAGACGAGCUCUGAGGAAGAAGCAAAGCUCAGAUGGCAAGGCGAUUAAAGUUGCUGGAAAGAUGCAGAAAGAGGUGACUGCCAAGCGAGGUCAGGUUGAUGCCCUGCACAGCAAGAUAUACUGGCUGGAAGAGUGUUUAGAAUCCUCUAACAAGGAGAAGAAAAUCCUUGAGGAGGAGAAUGAGAAACUGGCCUCACUUAUUCAGCAGACGACAAUGCAAAAUGAAAAACUCUCCUCCGAAUUGGAGAGCUACAUCCACAAGUCUCAAGACUACCGCGACAAAGUUACCAAGAUGGAAACUGUAGUUGAAAAAUCUGCCAUUAAGAACGCCACCUAUCAAGCAAACGUGGAAAAGUUGGAACAGGAAAUGGCGAGAAUGAAGUUGAAGCACAAGUUAGAGGUCAAGGAAACUGAAAGAAACAGAGCCAUGAGCCCAAUGCCAGCACUCCCUCUUGCCACCUCCAACACUACAACAAAUGUGACAACAGUAUCAAGGUCGUCUGCUCAUCCUGCCUCAUCAACAUAUUCAAGCCACCGUCCAGUCACACCAACCUAUAGCCAUCAGCCAAUCGGAAGCAGUGUUUACAAAUCCAACCAGCCAAUCACUCAUCAGAUGCCAGGCCACAUGAUGCCGUCUGCUCACGUAAAUCAUGAUUACCGGUAUUCUCCUGUUUAUCCGAAUGUGGGCUCUCACCAACCUCAUUCUGUACAAGCUGGGAGACGUCAUGUAGACUUGGUUACUUCGAAACCUUUGGACCAAGCCGAAGCUGUGACAACAGCCAAUGAUGUUGGCAAUGAGCUCAAGAAUCUCCUGACUGACAUGAGACAACUCAUUCAAAGUUCACAAGCAAUGGCCGCUCAGCAGGAUUAUAUACCACAGCCAAAAUCGUACUUCCCUGAGCCACAGGUCACAGUAGAUUCCACAUCAGUUUUGUCAAACCCGUCGCCGAUCUCCCGGACAGAACCACCACAGCCGUACCAAGAUAUCUUCGCCUCUCCAACUAAACUGCCGGUUAGCUCCAAGAUGACUCCUGCUGCUGCUGGUACGAGACUGAAUCCUCCUAAUGGUUGUUAUUCACCAGUGUCGAAGCUGCUCAGUCCACAAACAUAUCCAGAACUAGAUGUUUCCACAGACCGUCUUGACGUGAAUCCUGAAAAGCAGGUGGUGGUGUCAUCCCGGCCGUCCUCCAGGGCACCUACCCCUGUUGCUGUUAACAUGGCAAGUGAUGCUCAGAUGCUGUGCAGACGCCUUGAAGAGAAAAUAGAAAACUUGACAAAGAUGGGUGGACAAUUACAACAAGACAAUAAAGAAACGGCUGCACUCAUCCAAGACCAGGAUAAAAAGUUAAAGAAGAUUCGACAAUCUGAACGAUUUCUACAGAAAAAGCCGCACUGAAGGUUCCAUCAUCAAGAACCUGCUACCUGAUGUUAUUCGCACUGUCUCAAAGUAUGCACUUGGACAUUGGAUGCAUUUUCUUGUGAACUCUGUUUCCAAUAAAGAUGUUUUUAAAAGUCUCCUAGAACUAGCCCAAGUUGUGAUGGGGUUCAGAAUAUACCAAAGAUAUAUCAAGCGAUUGAGUACAUCCAUAACAUUCUGUCGAUUCAACCAAUCACAGCUUUUAGAACUUGCUCAUUCCGCUCUUCAGCAUAAUUUAAAAAAACCCUUUACCUCAUUCAGGAUUGAAUCUUGAUAACACUGUAAGUGUUAUGGUCUGAACUCUAAUCUGCAUUUAUUUCAUUCACCUGUUUCAGUAUUUUAGUCUGGAGUCAGUUUAAAGUUGAAUCAUCCUGCUAUGGCUACGCAGUAAACUGGUUUCUACUAUAGAGUGAUGACUUUGAACAAUGAAUAAUUUUCAUGCAAUUUAUAUCCAAUUCGGCUACGUGCCCUGUGCUUUAAGUUACCGAUCUAAAUUUCUAACCACAAAAGUAACUGCCAGCGCUAUUCGCACAAUGUGAAUAGAAUUUGCCAAUGUACUUCAUGGAGCAAGUUCUCAUUUGAAACAUUGCAAGUGCUUAUUUUACGCUUUCGUUGCUUUUCAAUUUUCAAAGGCCCUGAGGCCACCCAUUUCAUUGCUUACUAAAUAGUCUCCAGUUAGAGAUUUCGUGUAAAUGUAUAAAAAUUUCAUAUUUUUUAAUGUAAUUUUGAUAGAUUUUUUCAUGCUAUGUACAAUUUGUAUUUGUGUAGAUGUUUUGCUUCUGUAAAUAUUGAAAUUUUAUGAGCUAUGCAGGCAUAGACUAUGUUGUACAAUAUCUGCUGGGUAGACCAUGACACUAGAAUAUAAACAGCACUGUAGCAGCAAUGAUUUAGGGAGAUAGAUGUUUAAAUUUUGUAUGUUUUUACCAGUACUAGAACUCUUCUUCACAUUCCGAUUCAGAAUCUCAUUGAGAGAGCUGAAUGAUCGCUUGAUUAGAAUUAUCUUGCUAUCUGAUGAUGUUUACAAUGUCAUGCGUCCAAUCGCUUUUUUCUCACUGGUACAUAAUAUGAUAUACAAAAUGAUGUAACUUUGGUUAUUUGCUGUAUCUGUGGGCAUCAUCAGUAACUUAUAUGUAAUAUACAUGUACUGUAAGUCCCUUACGUUUUCGCUGCCACUAUAUGAUAUAGGCAUUUACAUUGAAGAUAUACUUGUAUAAUGUAUGAAGGUGGAAUAUAUUUUGUCUCAAGCACUAAUAAUAUUUAUUUUUGAUAAAAAGACUUGAAGGUACAUUGUAGCUAGAGGUAUAUUUGGGCUUUGUUCAGUCUCAUGAAGAUGAAAUAGAGUAGUUAUUUUUAGAAG